UAGACUGUCAGGAUGACUUGUGGGAAUUAUUCUCUCUCUUGGGAUGUGAUACAAAAGAUUUGCGGCCUUUUUCCUCUUUGGAUUCAGAGGAUGAGCUUGCUGACAGAUUAUUUUUCUGCCAUGGAUAACAACACAACCCCACUACGAGCCAGUGACUCACCCCCUGUGCACCUCUUGCUGAGCCAUUAUUACCAUGGAAACCCCGGCCCAGAAACGCUCCAGAAGCGGCACCGUCUCCCCGGCCCGCAUCACCAGGCUGCAGGAGAAGGAGGACCUGAGCAACCUCAAUGACCGCCUGGCUGUCUACAUCGACAAGGUGCGCUCGCUGGAGGCAGAGAAUGCAGGGCUACGUCUGCGCAUCACCGAGUCGGAGUCCUCGGUCAGCCGCGAUUUGUCGGGCAUGAAAGCAGCCUAUGAGGCAGAGCUGGCCGACGCCCGCAAGACCCUGGACCAGGUGGCGAAGGAGAGAGCACGCCUGCAGCUGGAGCUGAGCAAGAUCAGGGAGGAGCACAAGGAGCUCAAAGCCAGGAACGCUAAGAAGGAGUCUGACCUGGAGGCGGCUCUGGCCCGGCUCAGGGACCUGGAGGCCCUGCUGAACUCUAAAGAUGCCUCCCUCUCCACCGCCCUGGGGGAGAAGCGGGCGCUGGAGGCCGAGGUGAAGGACCUCAAGGCCCAGCUGGCAAAGCUGGAAGGGAGCUUAGCGGAUGCCAAGAGGCAGCUGCAGGAUGAGAUGCUGAGGAGAGUGGACGCCGAGAACCGCCUGCAGACCAUGAAGGAGGAACUGGAGUUCCAGAAGAACAUCUACAACGAGGAGCUGCGCGAGUCCAAGCGGCGACACGAGUCUCGCGUGCUGGAGAUAGACAGCGGACGGCAGCAGGAGUUCGAGAGCAAGCUGGCCGACGCCUUGGCCGAGCUGAGAGCCCAGCACGAGGAGCAGGUUCGCCUCUACAAGGAGGAGAUCGAGAAGACCUACAACUCUAAGCUGGAGAACGCUCGUCAUUCGGCUGACAGGAACAGCCACUUGGUGGGAGCCGCUCACGAAGAGCUGCAGCAGACCCGUGUUCGACUGGAGGGCAUGUCAGGCCAGCUCAGCCUGCUGCAGAAACAGCUGUCAGCGAGCGAGGCCAAAGUGCGGGAGCUGGAGGAAUGUCUGUCGAGGGAGCGGGACUUGAUGCGGCGGCGGCUGGAGGACAAGGAGCGUGAGAUGAACGAAAUCAGAAGUCGGCUCAUGCAGCAACUGGAGGAGUACCAGGAGCUGCUGGACAUCAAACUGGCCCUGGACAUGGAGAUUAACGCGUACAGGAAGCUGCUGGAGGGAGAGGAAGAGAGGCUGCGUCUGUCACCCGGCGCUCAGGUCAAGGUCAUCCUGGAACGGGCUUCCGGCUCGGGCCACAGCCAGACCAGCCGCGCGGGUCAGUCCUCCGGCUCGAGCCACAGCCGUGCGGCUCAUUCCUCCGGCUUGGGCGGCGUCGCCGCUGGCAUCGCCACGGCCUCCAGCAGCCGCAACUCCUCGGGCACAGCCAAGAAGCGUCGCCUCAAUGACAAUGACAGCGAGACCUCCAGCAUCGCAGGGGCCACUGUGACCAAGACUCGCAUUAGUCAGCACGCCUCAGCCAGCGGCCGCAUCACCGUGGAUGAGAUUGACCUGGAGGGCAAGUUCAUCCGCCUCAGCAACAAGGCUGACGAGGAUCAAUCUCUGGGCAGCUGGCAGGUGAAGAGACAAGUCGGCAAUGCCAGCCCCAUCGUCUACAAGUUUCCCCACAAGUUCAUUCUGAAGGCCGGAGGAACCGUCACCAUCUGGGCUGCAGGUGGAGGUGGAACCCACAAUCCCCCCACUGACCUGGUGUGGAAGAACCAGAACUCCUGGGGCACCGGCGACCUCCUGCAGACCUCCCUCAUCAGCGCCAACGGAGAGGAGAUGGCCAUGAGGAAAGUGACACGCACCCUGUUCACUGAAGAAGAAGAUGAUGACAUGGGAGCUCACAGCACGAGCGGUGUAGACAACGAGUACAACCUGCGGAGCCGCACGGUGAUCUGCGACUCCUGCGGGCAGCCGUCGGACCGCUCAGGUGCUUGCGGCAGCGGAGGUCUUGAAGGCCUCGUGGGACAUUCCUUCCUCAUGGGGACCAACGAGCCCAGACAGGGUCGCAUCAAGCCGGAAAACUGCUCCAUCAUGUAAAAAGCAGACAGCACCUCACCUGAACCCACCACCUCCUACGGCCCAUAAAGCAGAAUGAAUAUUUUCUACCGUUGGGUUGUUUGUCUUUAUUUUUUUAUAUAUGGUCUUAUUUGUUUUUGUAUUCAGAUUAAUCUGCAGGUUAGAAUUGCUUUGAGGUUUUUUUGGGCAAAGGGCACAGGAUUUUUUUCAUAUUCAGCUUUUGAGUUUGUGUAUUCCAGGUAUGUUAUUGCAUGUGUGCUGUGCUAAAUGCUUGUCCUGCUCUUCUUGCACACUUUCUCAAACACACACACACACACACACGCACGCACGCACGCACGCACACACACACACAGAGCUCCAUUGACCAGUGCUUGUGCUUCGAUCUGAGCCGGGGUUUCACAUUUAAUGGCCAAGCUGUCAACACUCAACACGCACAGCUAGUGAACCCUGCCAGGAGGAAGCGUCUUCACAGACGACAGGAAAAUGAAUCCCACAGUGUUUGUUAAUCAUGUUUGUCGCCCGUCUAAUUGAUCAAAUCUUUAUCGAAGGUGAUGUUUACAUUUGAAAAUUUAUUUUUCUUUGUUUUCAGGGCAGUAUUGUGGUAUCUUUUUAUGAAAAAUACAUGAAAAGGAGGUUUUGUUUAAUGUUGGAAAAGUCUCCAAAGAAAGCCAAAGUACUGUAAGCUCAGGGUGAUCAGCAGGUUGUAAUUUACCUUAAGCUGUAGUCGUAGUACAUUUUCUAUGAUUUAGAUCUGGGCUGCUGUGGUGCACACAGAGAGAAAAUUAUUAUUUGACAUGAUUUUUUUCUGUAUUUCACAGCUUAACCCAGGAGAGAUGUAUUUGGUUGUGUUUAUAUGUGGAGAAAAAAGGAAUUAUUGCUUGCUGGAAAAGUCAAAUGUACCCGGUUAUAAAUGUUUAUUUCAGUUUGAUUUAAAUGUUAUUAAGUAACUCCAAAGAUGUUUUGUCAUAAUGAAAAUAGGAAGUCUAAGGAGUAGGUACUAUAUUUUGUUUCUUGGUGCCAAAAAAACAGUAUAUAUUUGUAGGAUUUUUCUGUUUAUUCAACCAGAUGAAGAUUAUUCUGAUAGAGAGCUGUUGCUGCUAUUUACAGAGUGCAACAGUAGUUUUUUGGAAACAUUUUAACAUGCUUUUUUUCUGAUUUAAACAAAAAACAAAUGUGCCUUUAGAGGACAGAAAACAAUUGCGAUUUGUUGGGCGCGUGCCUGCGAUCACAGUCUUGUGACUGUCAGCCGUCCUCUGGUGUGUGUUGCUCCUAUAAAACUGGUCAUAAGGGCUUUUUUUUCCCUCCUUCUUUCCUCUUAAGCUUACUGGCUUUGCAAAUCCCCAGGCGUGAUUUUGGGAUCUGAGCAGGAUUGUUGGGGUUUCUAUACUUUGUGACUUUGGCUUUAUGCACUGCUUUUAUCGAGGGCCUCGCCAAAUAUGCACAGCAGGUAGAUUUGUACUGUAGUUUGGCAGCUUAAGUCAUUUAUAAUCCAGUGAAAAGCAUAUCAAAGCAUUUAUGGAAAAUACUUGAUAGCUGUUUUUGAUAUUUUUCUCUGUAUUGUACUCAAAAGAUGGUGUUUGUGCCAUGUUAGAUUCUUUUUUUUUUGGUCUGAUUUUGACAUGAUGUUCCCCAAAGUGCCUUAAAAAGACAAUCAUUAAUGAAUGAAACAACCAGCGUCAAAGACGACAGAUUUAUAAUAAACAAAGGCAAAGUAUUUAUCUCAUAUAAGAGACAUGAUUACUGAAUGUAAUUGUGAAGUGUAUGCAACUAUUAACCAAAUCAUCCCACUCAGAACAGAUGAUUUAAAGGGUGUGUUUGGGGUUUUUUUUCAGAGGCCUGUCCAACAGAUUAUAAACCAGAAAGAAACUUCUUGUUUGUUUUCUCAAGAAACGGCUGCUCUUUAACAUUUAUAUGCAAUGUUAGUUCAAGAUGAUGGUGAACAAAGACACUAACAAAAUCAGAUUCACAGAUGUGCCUUUUAUGUGACAAAAGUCUCGAGAGGCCUUUGUAAAAAUCCCGAACCCUCCCUGUUAAAGUCCUCGUCGAGGCCUCGUGAAUCCCUUUGAAGGAAUCGAGGAUUUAAAAUGUUACUGAAAGGGAUUUCUUGGUGCAAGCAUUUAAUGCCAAAGUCGUAAUUUGCUUGAAGUAGGAUUUGUGUCCAUCAUAAAGACGCUGUUAACAUUAUGGAAAAGCCAUUCAGUCGAUGUAAUGAAUGUUUGUUUGUUUUUUUCCUUUUCUAAAAUAAUGCUGAGUAAAAUUCUUUUUUUUCCAGUCA